CGACGGCUCUGCUCUUUGUGUUUACUAGCCGUCCAAAUCGUCCAAAGAUGGCUCGAAUGUAUAUAAACAAAUGAUUUGUACACAUUUUCGCUAACAUUAUGGAUUGGUGGAUGAAUUAACGGGUUUUCGGUGAGCCUGAUAUCUGCAAAAAUGAACAAAGGCUGGCUGGAGUUAGAAAGUGACCCGGGGUUAUUCACACUCUUGGUGGAGGACUUUGGUGUAAAAGGUGUUCAGGUGGAAGAGAUCUAUGACCUGCAGAACAAAUGUCAAAGUCCUGUGUAUGGCUUCAUCUUCCUCUUCAAGUGGAUCGAAGAGCGAAGAUCCCGGCGUAAAGUCUCCACGCUGGUGGACGAAACCUCUGUUAUUGAUGAUGAGAUUGUGAAUGACAUGUUUUUUGCUCACCAAUUGAUACCAAACUCCUGUGCCACUCACUCCCUUCUCAGUGUGCUUCUGAACUGCAGCGGUGUGGAGUUGGGAACCACUUUGAGUCGCAUGAAAGCUUUCACCAAAGGCUUCAGUCCUGAGAGCAAAGGUUACGCCAUCGGAAACGCCCCUGAGCUGGCGAAAGCCCACAACAGCCAUGCAAGACCGGAGCCACGGCACCUGCCGGAAAAACAGAAUGGCAUCAGCGCCGUCCGAACGAUGGAGGCGUUUCACUUCGUCAGUUACGUGCCGAUCAAAGACAGACUUUUUGAGUUGGAUGGACUGAAGGUGUACCCCAUCGACCACGGGCCGUGGGGAGAGGACGAAGAGUGGACGGAUAAAGCCAGACGCGUUAUAAUGGAGAGAAUAGGACUUGCAAAUGCGGGAGAGCCGUACCAUGACAUCCGUUUCAAUCUGAUGGCGGUGGUGCCAGACCGCAGGAUAAAAUACGAGUCCAAGCUGGACGUCCUGAAACGAAACAGGCAGAUUGUUCUAGAAGCGCUCCAGCAGGUCAGAGAGAAGAAAGUGAUUCCGAUGUCCCAAAAAGAGACGGGCCAAGACCGUAAACAACAAGACUCCUCAUCUUCAGAAGACACGUCACCCGCUGUGAAAAAGGAGGGGGCAGGCGGACCAGUGCCGUUGGAUACCGAGCAGACUCCGCCCACAGAAACUAAGGAAGGUGGUGCCGCUAUACCAAGCACUGCUGGAAAAGUCAAAACCACGGCUAAACCUCCUGCCCUGCCCACAGGGGGCGCUCCACCGCCAGCCACUCUGCCUGCUUCUAGUCCCAACCCCAUCGUCCAGCGUCUACCAGCCUUUCUAGACAACCACAACUACGCAAAGUCUCCUAUGCAGGAAGAGGAGGACCUCGCUGCGGGUGUCGGUCGUACACGGGCAUCCGGUCCCACUCAGCCUCCUUAUUCAGACGAUGAGGACGACUAUGAUGCUGAAGAAGAAGAGUGCAGCUCUACAAGUGCCUCCAGCAGGUUCCGUCGGAAGACGAGUCUCCGCCCCCGAGCCGUGGGCCGCACCGGAGUGAGCGGAGUUAAGGGUAUGGAGGGACCCCUAGCGCUCAGCGUUUUAGCUGAGAAACUGAAGAAGGAAGCCCAGAGGAAGGACGCCUUGACGACGGGCUCCACACCUCUGAACGUGCGCACCGAGGGCCGGGGGGGCGGAAUCAGCAUCACCUCCGCCUGCCAGCCAUCGCCCACGCCGAGUAACGAAAGCACGGAUACGGCGUCAGAGAUCGGAAGCGCGUUCAACUCGCCACUGCGCUCGCCGGCACGAUCGCAGGCCGCGACGCGACCCUCCAGCCCCGUGGCGUCCCACCUGGGUCGCGUGCUGUUUGGGGAGGAGGAGGGGCUGCUCAGGUUAGACGCACGUCACAAUCGUGCCGUUCGCGACUUGGGGGUGAUAGUGAACUCGACGUUACUGCGCCUGCAGGAGGAUGGACUCAUUUACUCUCUGCCACCUACAGAAACGUUGGAAGGGGUGAAAAAAGAAGUUGGGGUGGAGAAGAUGGAGAAGGAGGAGGUGCCUGGUGCAGCGGGAGAGGUGAAAAAGGCAUCAUCAGUGGAGGUAAAACAGGAAGACGCCAAAGAACCAGAGGACGUCAAACCCGACACCGAGAACCUGGCGGCCGUUAAGAUGGAGAACAACAGCAAACCUGCUGGAGAGAAAUACACGCCAAAAGAGUUAUUGGCAUUGUUGAAGUACGUGGAAGCGGACAUCACCAACUAUGAAGUGUGUCUGAAAGAGGAAGUAGAAAAAAGGAAAAAAUACAAGAUCGAUGACCAAAGAAGAACUCACAACUACGACGAGUUUAUCUGCACCUUCAUCUCAAUGCUGGCACAAGAAGGUAUGUUAGCAAGUCUAGUGGAACAGAACAUCUCUGUUCGUCGACGGCAGGGCGUCAGCAUCGGCCGACUGCACAAACAACGCAAGCCUGACCGACGGAAGCGCUCGCGGCCGUACAAAGCCAAGCGUCAAUGAACGACGUGAAAAAAGCAGAUGAUACAGACAGUUGUUUUGUAAAUAUCGAACACUUAAAUCAGCCGCUCGAGGACUAGACAAUGCCAACACAUCUCACUUCAGGAGAUGAACGACUGUACCAGACACCUCACUAUGCUGAUUGAAAUAUUCUUCUUCUUCAGCUUUUUCGUUUGGUUGUUUGAGAUCAACAGUCCAUCAACAUGACCAAACAUACAACAAAAAACUUGUGAUGUUACUAAAUGGGCCAAGUAGAGUUGCUCGGGGUCCGCAAUUUUCAUUGUUUUAAACAACCCUUGGUUGGCACCGAGACAUUUGAAGAUCGCAAACCUUAAGACAAGGUUUUGGUUUAAUUCACACAAUCAUCAAGUAUUUAAAUGUAGUAAAAAUUGAAAUGGUUUCUUUUAUCAUUUAUUUCUAUUGAGGCUUGUUGUGGAUAAGGACACCAGUGAGUGUUUGUCUCAGACACGCUGGGUCUGUAUUUCUGUCUGUAUAUAUGUAUUUGUGUAUCAUCUGAUGUCUUGCAUAGGACCGUCAGAUCUAGGUAAUAAAAUAAAUAGGUUUCAAGUUCAA